AUGGAGAACGAGUUUCGUAUCCCGGCCGAUCAGGGCAUCGCGGGCCACGUCGCCACCACUGGUCAGAUUUUAAACAUUAAGGACGCCUACUCCCAUCCUCUCUUCUACCGCGGCGUGGACGACAGCACCGGCUUCAGGACCCGCAACAUCCUCUGCUUCCCCAUCAAAGACGAGAACAACGAGGUGAUUGGUGUAGCCGAGUUGGUGAAUAAAAUGAACGGGCCCUGGUUCAACCGCUUCGAUGAGGAUCUGGCCACAGCUUUCUCCAUCUACUGUGGCAUCAGCAUCGCCCACUCUCUGCUUUACAAGAAAGUUCAUGAGGCUCAGUUCAGGUCUCACCUGGCCAAUGAAAUGAUGAAGUACCACAUGAAGGUUUCAGAGGAAGAGGUGUCCAAGCUGCUGGUGACCGGCAUUGAACCGGUGAAGGAGAUUCACUCAUGCUACGCUGAGUUCACGUACACGCCCCGCUCCCUUCCUGAUGACACGACACCCCUGUGUGUCCUCAGCAUGUUUGAAGACAUGGGCUUCAUCAACACAUACAAGAUUGACCUGCAUACUCUCGCCAGGUUCUGCCUGAUGGUGAAGAAAGGCUACAGAGACCCCCCCUACCACAACUGGAUGCAUGCCUUCUCCGUCUCACACUUCUGCUACCUGCUCUACAAAAACCUAAGGCUCUCCAACUACCUCGAGGACAUAGAGAUUUUAGCUCUGUUUGUUUCCUGUAUGUGCCAUGACCUGGACCACCGUGGCACCAACAAUUCUUUCCAAGUGGCCUCGCAAUCCGUCCUGGCUGCUCUCUACAGCUCAGAGGGAUCUGUGAUGGAGAGACAUCACUUUGCCCAGGCUAUUGCUAUUCUAAACACUCAAGGCUGCAACAUCUUUGAGAAAUUCUCCAGGAAGGACUACCAGCGCAUGUUGGAUUUAAUAAGAGACAUCAUUCUGGCUACAGAUCUGGCACACCACCUUCGAAUUUUCAAAGAUUUGCAGAAGAUGGCUGAUGAUGGAUACAACACAAAGAGUCGUACCCAUCACUCCCUGCUGCUGUGCCUGUUGAUGACUUCAUGUGAUCUGUCCGACCAAACCAAGGACUGGAAAACCACCCGCAAGAUCGCUGAGCUGAUUUACAAAGAGUUUUUCUCUCAAGGAGAUCUGGAAAAAGCCAUGGGGAACCGGCCGAGCGAGAUGAUGGACCGAGAGAAAGCGUACAUCCCAGAGCUACAGAUCAGCUUCAUGGAGCACAUCGCCAUGCCCAUCUACAAGCUGCUGUCUGAACUCUUUCCCGGGGCCACCGAGCUGUACGAGACUGUGGCGGCAAAUCGUGAGCAGUGGACCAAAGUGUCGCACAAGUUUACCAUCCGCGGGUUGCCUAGCAACAACAGUCUGGACUUUCUGGACCAGGAAUACGAGCUGCUUCAGUCCCAGGGUGCUUUCGGGAGCGAUGACCACUGCCUCAAUGGUUGCCUUGACGACACAGAUGGAGGGCAGGGCCAGUGACAGUGAAGAUGGCAGGCCGGUGAUGGUUUUUCUGGGGUUUUCUGUGGUCCAAUAAGAGGCUGAGGAUAGCUUUUUAUGUGACCAAAGAGAGACAGGUCUCUCUGCUGUCAAACACUGAUGCAGGAUGGAAAGUUUCAAACAAACUGAAUCCGACAGGUGACCUGGAACGAAGAGGCUUCGUCUGAGUCAGUUCCCUGAUUAGAUGCUACGUGUUGCUGUUGUCAAGCAGUGGAGGAGAGUCAAAUGUGAGGACUUUAUCUAGUUGUUUUUCAGCAGCUCUGCUGAAAAACGUACCGUCUCGUCCAGUCACAAAUCCAUCCAUACAGCUGAACAUCUGCUGAAGAUUGUAAAAACGCUCACAAACCGACACAUGCACAUGCUGUUCAUACCGUUCAGACAGGGCGAAGACGGCUUCAGCGUGUGACAGUGAGGCGAUAGGUGGUGUAAAAUGUUUCAUAAAAACUCGUUUGCAUUUAAACGUCUCCGCUUCGUCCACACAAAUGCAGCUACCACAUUUCUCUCUUUGUGUGUGUUUUCUGAGAUGCAUAGACGUCGCGUGUUCUUUUUAUCCGGGUCAGCAACAAAUUUCUCCAUCAAUAAUUAAAAAAAAGAAGAAGAAGAUAGCUGUGUAAUUUUUUUCAACAUCAAAACACAUUUUCCUAUCGUUUCAUUCAUUUGUGACCUGGGAGUUUUGGCCCAUUUGCCUAAACAUUUGAACUACAAUGUAACCCUCCCUCUUUGUUUUACUAAGGUUUAGGUGACACUUUGACAAUCACUCAUCAAUAUCACAGAUCCCUGCUUUCACACAGUAAACAAAAAAAUCACACUUCCU